GGUCUGCCGUUUAGCUGGAGGCUCGAAAUGAGCUGUUUUCAGAAAAGGAGUUUAAAUAGCUGAUAAGUGCCGAAUCGCUGACAUUCAGAAUGGGUGAACCACAGCAGGUCAGUUCCCUGCCUCCCCCACCUAUGCAGUACAUCAAGGAGUACACGGACGAGAAUGUACGCAAAGGACUCGCUCCCAAACCGCCCCCUCCCAUCCGGGACAGUUACAUGAUGUUCGGCAACCAGUUCCAAUGUGAUGACAUCAUCAUUCGACCCCUGGAGAGCCAGGGCAUUGAGCGCCUGCACCCAAUGCAGUUUGACCACAAGAGAGAGCUGAAGAAGCUCAACAUGUCCAUCUUGGUCAAUUUCUUGGACCUGCUGGACAUCUUGAUCAAAAGCCCCGGCAGCAUCAAGCGGGAGGAGAAGCUGGAGGACCUCAAACUUCUGUUUGUCCAUAUGCAUCACCUUAUCAACGAAUACCGACCCCACCAGGCCAGGGAGACCCUGCGUGUUAUGAUGGAGGUUCAGAAGAGACAGCGGCUGGAGACGGCCGAACGAUUUCAGAAGCACCUGGAACGCGUGGUGGAGAUGAUCCAGAGUUGUCUGGCCUCCUUACCCGAUGACUUACCGCAGCCAGAGGGGUCUGGUGCAGCCGGGGGUGAUGCCGGAGCAGGGGUUGGUCUGGCUGCUGGUUCAAGCUCAGGAGGAGCUCCAAGACUGAGUGCAGAGCCUAUGGAUGUAGAGGAGGCAGGAGGUAGCUGCAUGGGAGGACAGACAGAAAAGGGCAUGCCCUCUGCUAAAAGGGACAAAGUUUGGGAUAAAGACGCCGCAAUGUGUAGUAUCAUUGAUGAGAUGACUUAACGUUUGUCUGGACAUUUUGUAAAAUGUUUGGAUUCUCUUUUUCUAUGUUUUGUAUCUUUCACUGUGCAUAGACAUUAUACAUAAGUUUUGUUGAUGUAUGUCCGACCAAAGACAUCCAGGUUGAUGCUUAGCAUAGUUACGUUGGUAUGGGACAAAUUAUAAACAUCUAAAAAUCUUGUGUAUUUUUGAUAUGAAACAGAAUCGGUCUGAUUGUAUCAACUGCCUCAUCACCUCAGAACGUAAGUAUAAUAAAGCUAUGUAAAAAAAAAAAAAAAAUUCAGUGCAAAGUGCCCUUUUAAUUUUCAGAUAAAAAUAAAUUCUCUGCAUGUGUUUCAUUGGGUCACCUGGUUGUUGUGCAGAGGUUUUGUAAUGUGUUCAAAUCUGUCAUUCAUUUUCCUGUUACAAAAAAGUAUGAACGUAUGAGCUUUUUGUUGACUGUUUUUCACGCAAGUUUAUUUAAACCCAUUCUACAGUAGGAAGGAUUUUCAAAGAGAGAUGCCAGUUUCGCUCAUGAUUACUGAUAGGGUUAACGAGUUAACCAGUGAAUUUUUGAGCUUGUUUUUGGCAUUGACCUCAGUGGC